UUUUUGUGACUUUAUUUUUUCAUAUAAUACCAAUAUAAUAUAGUUCUGCCUUGUAUUUUACCUGCUGCUCAGCAUUCCAUUGUUUUAAUGUACCAUAAUUUACUUAGUACCCAAUAGAUAGACCUUUAAGUGUUCUCAGGUGUUUUACUGGUUUCAGCAAUAAUGAAAUGAACAUUCUUCGUUUGUUUCUGUUCUGUGCAAACACUGCCUCAGAGAACAUGUGAAGUGAGAAGCAUGGAGUCAGAUUGUGACUCGGGGAAGUUGUGGUCCCACUCCUUUGGGAGUAUGUGUUUUUCUCUGGAUCUGUUCGUAGGGAACUUCCAAAGGGGGGAUGGUCAGGCAGGUCAGAGUCUACAAGCCACAUUCUAGGGGCAACAUUGAAAAGAACUGGGGCUCUUUUUCCAGAUUUUAGCUGGGGAUUUCACUGCUUCCAAGUAUCAGAUGGGUUCUCAGAGGGAGAUGGAAUAAGGCUUUCCUUGUGGAAGAUUAGACUGGGGAGAAAUAGGACAAAUGUGUAGAAAUGAGAAUUCCAACAGACUUGAGUUGGUUUGGGUAGGACUUUAUGGAGCAGGACUAUCUAAAUGGAUUAGAAGAGUGGUGGAUUUUCCAUCAUUGGAUGCUUUCAAGCAGAGACUGAGGUGCUAAGAACAGGCAGUAUGUGAAGCAAGCCAAAGUGUAAGAGUCAUUCCAAUGUUGGUUGAUAAUAGCACUCCAGAUGGAGACCAUGAGGCGCCAAGAUGGGAACAGCACUAACUGUGGGCUAGGUUGGGGGAAGGAUUGACUGAGGGUCAGUUUAGGGGAGGCUAAGGCUGGAGGCAUCCUGGGGUAUAGCGCUGGGAAACCUGGAGUGCUGAGUGAAGCUGGGUGAGAGAUCUGACGUCAUCUGCACUUUUGGUACAGACAGUCUGCAGGUGUAUGGGUCAGCGGGACGCAGGGAUAGUAAGGAGUCUGAGGGUAAUUGUUAUGGGGACUGUAGGAGGAGGGUUUACAUGGGAGUUAUGGUGAUCCAUGCAAGAAGAUAGUGUUUCAGCCGAGGAGAUGAGUAAAUUGGAAAAGUUGGUGCUCCUUGAUUGCCAGUUUGGAGAUGGCUGGGCUAGGAGCUGAGGCUGCAGAUGGCCUUUUGGAUUUCAUUCAGCAAAUAUUAUCUAGGUGCUUGGGAUAGAGCAAUAAACAGAACAGACAAAUAUCCCUUCCCUCACGUUUACAUUCCUUCAGUUUACAUUCUAGUGGGGAAGAGAGGUUAUAUAUUAGACAAUCAAUGAUAAAUGCUAAAAAGAAAAAGCAGGAAACGGGUAUGUGAUGCUCAGUAGUAGUAAGGUUGAAAUGUUAAGUACCUAGAAAAGGAGAGCCUUUUCUUCAUAAUAAGAAGAUGAAUUUGAAUAAAGACUUAGAAGGAGUGAGGAAACAGCAAGCCAUGUGGAUAAUAUGAGGGAAGAAACAAGCUUCUUUGAGGAAUGGCAGGCAAACAGACCUGUGUGUUCAGAAUGGAGUGAGCAAGAGAGGUGUUAGGAAAUCAGAUUAGAGAGAUCUAGAUCUUUCAAAAUCUUGGAGACCAUGGUAGAAUUUGCAUUUUUUCUAAGUAAUGGGAAAUCAUUAUAGGGUUUGGGCAGAUGUGUAGCAUACCCUGACCUACGUUUUAACAGGAUCACCCUGGUUGCUGUAUUGGGAAUAGUCUGUUGGUGUGAGGAUGGAGGUGGAGGUGGGGAUGGCGUAGGAUAAGGGAGACCAGUUAAAGAGGCUAAUGCGAUAAGCCCGGUGGCUUGGACUGGAUAGUGGCAGUGAGACUAGUGAGUUGGCCAUGAGUAGCUGAUUACCCACUAGGAGAAUCAGUUGGGAUCCUAACACUACCUCAAGAUGCAGGGUCUGAGAGUUAGUGAGAAAUCAUUGGAGGAAGAAACUUUUUUGGGGAGUUGGAUCUGGAUCAUGGUCAUGUUGGGAUUAGAAUUUUGAUUAGGGUCUGAUCUGGGGCCAGUAAAGGGUCAGAGUGAGAUUCAUUGGUCUCAGAAGAUCAGGGUUGGAUUCUGGGUCUUAGGAACAUUAUAGGGAUUUUUGGGGUGAGGACCAGUUUGGGCUCAAAGUUGUUGAUGAAGGCCAAUAUACUUUUUCUGCAUCUUCCCAUCAUAUCAGGGUUGGUUGUACUCACCAUGUCCUGUCCCACUGAGCUCACCUGAGGGGAUUAGAGGAAUAUGGAGGCUCUAAGGCCUUCUCUUCCUUCGGUGUCAUGGAGCUGGAUACAGGCUCAGCCCUGCCUGGGGGAAGCCUGCUGGCCUUCCCAAGCUGGGACAUAUAGUCAGGGAAGGGUAGAGAAGGGUCCUCAAUGCUUGACUCAGGUCCUUUCUUUCCCAGAUGGCCCACUGUGUGACCUUGGUUCAGCUAUCCAUUUCCUGUGACCACCUCAUUGACAAGGACAUCGGCUCCAAGUCUGACCCACUCUGCGUCCUUUUACAGGAUGUGGGAGGGGGCAGCUGGGCUGAGCUUGGCCGAACUGAGCAAGUACGGAACUGCUCGAGCCCCGAGUUCUCCAAGACCCUGCAGCUUGAGUACCACUUUGAAACAGUCCAGAAGCUCCGAUUUGGCAUUUAUGACAUAGACAACAAGACACCUGAGCUGGGGGAUGACGACUUCCUAGGAGGGGCUGAGUGUUCCCUAGGACAGAUUGUGUCCAGCCAUAUAAUAACUCUACCCUUGAUGCUGAAGCCUGGAAAACCUGCUGGGCGGGGGACCAUCACGGUAUCUGCUCAAGAGAUGAAGGAUAAUCGUAUAGUGACCAUGGAGGUGGAGGCCAGAAACCUAGAUAAGAAGGACUUCCUGGGGAAAUCGGACCCGUUCUUGGAGUUCUUCUGUCAGGGUGAUGGGAAAUGGCACCUGGCAUACAGAUCUGAGGUAAUCAAGAACAACUUGAACCCUACAUGGAAGCGCUUCUCUGUUCCCCUUCAGCAUUUCUGUGGGGGAGACCCCAGCAUACCCAUCCAGGUGCGAUGCUCAGACUAUGACAGUGAUGGUUCACAUGAUCUCAUUGGUACCUUCUACACCAGCUUGGCCCAGCUGCAAGCAGUUCCGGCUGAGUUUGAAUGUAUCCACCCUGAGAAACAGCAGAAAAAGAAAAGCUACAAGAACUCUGGGACUGUUUGUGUCAAGAUUUGCCAGGUAGAAACACAGUAUUCAUUCCUGGACUAUGUGAUGGGAGGCUGUCAGAUCAACUUCACUGUAGGCAUUGACUUCACGGGCUCCAAUGGAGAUCCUUCCUCCCCGGACUCCCUGCACUACCUGAGCCCAACAGGGGUCAACGAGUACCUGACAGCACUGUGGAGUGUGGGCAGUGUGAUUCAGGACUAUGACUCGGACAAGCUAUUCCCAGCAUUUGGAUUUGGGGCCCAGGUACCCCCCGAUUGGCAGGUCUCCCAUGAAUUUGCCUUGAACUUCAACCCCAGUAACCCCUACUGCCCAGGCAUCCAGGGCAUUGUGGAUGCUUACCGCCAGGCCCUGCCCCAAGUUCGCCUCUAUGGCCCCACCAACUUUGCACCCAUCAUCAACCAUGUGGCCAGGUUGGCAACCCAGGCUGCACAUCAGAGGACUGCCUCGCAAUACUUGGUGCUGUUGCUGCUGACUGACGGCGCUGUGACAGAUGUGGAGGCUACACGUGAGGCUGUGGUGCGUGCCUCCUACCUGCCCAUGUCAGUGAUCAUCGUGGGUGUGGGUGGUGCUGACUUCGAGGCCAUGGAGCAGCUGGAUGCUGAUGAUGGGCCCCUGCGUGCACGCUCCGGGGAGGCAGCUGCCCGUGACAUAGUGCAGUUCGUGCCCUACCGCCGCUUCCAGAAUGCCCCUCGGGAGACACUGGCACAGACUGUGCUCGCAGAAAUACCCACACAACUGGUCUCCUACUUCAAGGCCCAAGGUUGGGCCCCAUUCAAGCCACUUCCACCCCCAGCCAAGAGCCCUGCACAGGCUCCUCAGGCCUAGAUUCCCUUAGAGGGUGGGCUAUGGCUCGUCCUCAGCCUUGUGUACCCAAGGUCCCUGUGGGCAUGGCUCAAUCCUGCACACAUUGCCCAGUGCUGCACUUUACAUUUUAUACUUUUAUAUUUGCUCUUGCUGUUGCUCUUGAUCCCUCCUGCUUGCCCCUGGAAUCCUUCAUUUAAUAAAGAUCAGUGAAAACCA